CAUGUUUUGGUGCCCGUUAUUGUUCAAUUUUGACUUUCCUUUGUGCACUUGUGCAACCUGUGGCGGAAGUCCGCAUAUGAAGCCGUGUGGAAGCAGAUUCUGCAAUGGUACGCGCAAUUUCCGAAGUGUGGGUGCACUUCACAGUCGGGGAGACCGUUGGCGGGAAACGGGGACCCGCUGUCUGUAAGUACUGCAACAGCAGCUACGCUUUUCCCAAUGCGACUCGCCUUUCCAAGCACAUUGCUCAGUGCGUGAAAUACCCAAGACAGGAAGUGACACCACGAAGCCGCUCUCGCAGCCCUUCAUGUAGCAGUCUCAGUUCAUGCGAAAAUAACGGCGCAGUAAGCAGCACAGCAAGCAGUGCAGCCUCAGCGACUGGAAGGGUUACUCACUUCGUCGAUACGAUGACACUUCAAGCGCAGAAGAACGCCGAUAAAGCAUUGGCAAAGGCGAUAUAUGCUUCCAACUCGCCGUUUUCCUUGGUUACAAAUGACUAUUGGCAGGCAGCAUUUAAAGCACUCAGAUCAUCUUACAAGCCCCCGAGCCGGCACAGCUUGGCUGGUCCACUGCUCGACGCUGAGUACGAGGCGGCUACCGUAUCCAUGAAUAAUUCUAUUGAAAAGGCUUCAUGUAUCACCCUUGUCACGGACGGCUGGACUAACGUCGAAGGUGAGUCAGUUAUAAACUUUGUACUCUGCACACCAUCGCCAUUGUUUUUCAAGUCAGUCACCACCGGCACCAACAGGCAUACUGCGGCCUAUAUGACAGAAGAAAUCUGUGCUGUUAUGGAAUCGGUCGGUAGCUCAAAGGUAAAGGCUCUGGUAACCGACAAUGCAAGCAAUAUGAAAGCGGCAUGGGCUCUUGUUAUUGAGCGAUUUCCUCAUGUUACAGCGAUUGGUUGCGCCGCACACUCUCUGAACCUGUUGAUGAAUGAUCUCCUUACACUUGGCACAAUCCACGAUGUGCACAAGCAGGCGAAAGAUAUAAUCAAAUACGUGAAGCAAACCCACGUGGUAUUGGCCACAUUCAAAGAAAGGCAGGAAUCGAAGUACGGCAAAAAUAUGAGCUGCAGCCUUAAGCUUCCAAGCAAGACAAGAUGGAGUGGUGUCUGUCUCUCCUUUGAAAGCCUCUUGAAAAACAAGUAGGUUUUGCAGGAAAUAGCUAUAAUGGAAAACUUGAAGUUCGACAAGACUCUUAGGCUGGUCGUUCUGGACGAAGAAGAGUUCUGGGUCGCAUUGAAAUCAUGCCAUACUUUGCUGCAACCCAUCGCAAAGGCUAUCAAAGCUGUAGAAAGUGACGGAGCCCUGUUGUCCGACGUCACAAAUUUGUUUCACAACCUAGCGGAGGAGAUUCACUCGAAUCUGCAGUGCUCUGUUCUUUUGCAGAGGUGAGCGAGAUCUCGCCGAAAAAGCCUUAAAGACACGCAAAGAGUUUACAGUUCAUCCCGUGCACUCUGCAGCAAACUUACUUGACCCAAGGUACAAGGGGAAAAAUCUGACUGACGAAGAAGUCUUGU